GUGAUUGUGUGAGUGUGUGUGGAUGGAUGGAUAGUAGCUUGCCACAGCCACUGCUAGAGGAGCGCGCACACACAUACAUGCAGACUCACACACACACACACACACUGAAGGCUAGUGUGUGAGCCAGCCAGCCAGUCAGUCGGUGUGAGUGUGUGAGCCAUGUUGGAUGUGAAUGAACGGGAGGAGAGAUGCUGCUGCCGCGCCGCUCCUAACGCUCAGACCUCCAGCUCCACGGACCACAGCGGGUAGAUGCCAACUCUCCAGGCCGACAGAGAGACGGGGGAGCCUGGGGGAAGGUGUCGGGCGGUGCUGGCGGUCCUGGAACUGGCCACAUAGCCGGAACGAGGGACAGAGAGAAGUAACGGGGGAGAAGGGAAGGCACACUCGUGAGAGAGAAAGAGAGAAUAGGCAGAGGUGGAAGAGGGAGAAAGGAGGGGAGACACAGAGAAAGGAGAAGACUAAAUGGCUGCACCGCUACCGGGCUUUACCCCGCUCCUGCUCUCAUCUCUGGCACUCCACCUGCUUCUCCUCGGCCCUUUGUUCGCCUUCACCCCGGGGACGGUGAAUACAGGAGGAGUUUCCAACAGAUGGACCCCGGGCCUCUGCUAUCGAGACGCCGGUAAAGUGAGCCAGCAGCAACAGCAACACCAGUGCGAGGAGGCAAGGGAGUCGCCGAGGGGCAGCUGGAAUCUACGCCCAAGCAGGUGGACCGUGGAGCGGAUACAGAGAGAGGGAUGCUCGGGAGUGCAGCGCGCGGGAGAGACGCUGAGAGAAUAUCUGCGGGAUGGAGCGAAGGGGAGGCGGAAAGAAGGACCGAAAGGAGUCGGGACGUUUUGGAAGACUGCAGACGGCCCUCCGGCUCCAUCGUCACCUACUCUCCAACUCCACCCCGGUUUUAGGAGCAGGUUGAACUCCGAUGGCGUCGGUGGAGGAGAGAGAGUGGAAAGAGGAAGGCUGGGCAGAAAGGGCGUUGUUUCACCUCCCACUUCACCUGUUUCCACCCCCUCGCCGGUUCAAAACGGUAAAAAACGGGCAGUACAAAGGACUAGAGCGUGCGCGCAACGGUGGCCGGCGUCGCGACCACACCUCGCCAAACGUGGUGCCGCCGGAGCCUUUGUGCACGCCUCUGGCCUGAACGGGGCACCCGGAAGUGGAGGGAGGAGAGGGGGAGAAGUGUGGGAGAGGGCUCCUGAGGUGAAGAGACUGCUUGCUGCAUGGUGCUCCCCGACACACUGGCCGUGCCCCGACAAACCACCUCUCUCCGUGGCCAGCACUCCCUCACCUGGCCUCUUCCCAGCCGGUUUCUUUCACUGCAUUCAUCCUCUUUCUGGAUACAUUUCACCCCACGCUGAUGCUUCAAACCACACAUUAAAAUUCAAGCCUACUUUUACCAACAAUUCAGACUGUGUCCGGGCAUCUCAAUUGGAUUGCGUGUGUAAUUUUCACAACAUUCAGCAACAGCCAGUUUACAGGAACGGCAACAAGGCGAAGCGCUGGGAUGGCUCAGUCAGCGUGAACAGGAGGGCUGGUAAUUGUUCUCAUUUGGGCUGGCAUAAUGUUAUCGAUCCCAACAGGAGCAGGGAGAGGGGUGACGAUAGCGGUUUGACGGGGUGCAUUAGAGAGAAUGGAGGAGGGCCGAGAGGUGGGGGAGAUGAGGGGAGGGAAGCGUACAGGUGUAGCGCGCUGGAGGAGAUUAGCAAUCUAGGUUGUUGGUUACCUCCUCUCUGUGAAGCAAGGUCUAAGCGUACCAGAGUUAUUCAUGAAAUGAAGGAAAGAGAGGUAAAUGAUUGGAGAGGGGGAGGGAUGAGCCACGGCAGCAAACACAUUCAUUUAUCUAAUUAUCCGGAUAAUGGUUUGGCUUUUCUGAUACUGAAGCUCUCGUGUAGUACUGAUAGUGAGCUUCAGCGGGGGUAUUCAGCACCAGGAACCGAGGGGCAGAGCAGUAAAACCCGGAGAGAGAGCAGGGCGGACAGGGUGGGUCCCAGUGGUGGCUCUGGUUGUUUAGACAGAGAAGAAAUGGGGGAUGGAUAUUUAGCUGAAUUUACGACACCCGAGGGAGGCAUAGCUCCGAGGAAGCGCCUCAUCCAAUUUGCCCUCAGCAGCAUUAUUUCAGAGACGCCCUGCCGGCAGUCCCCAUCCAACAAAACCACCGUCCCCAAAAACGCGUCAAAAUACUCUGAAUACUCUGGCUCUGAAGUUACUCAAACAGCGCCCACUCAAACAGAAACAGACGAGAGCUGGGAAAGUGGGAGACGAGUCACAGCGCUCAGUCUGUCUGCUGGAAAAGUGAGAGCAACUUCAGAAACACAGUCUGCCGGUGACUCAGGCUUUUCCUCGCCUGCUAAGUUUCCCGCUACAUCUCCCAGUCACUCUGAAGCAGCAGUGCAGCCUGCAGCAGAGUACCUGUCGCUCGUCUCGGAGGUUAACCUGACCACAUGGUCUGCGCAUUCGCUACACUCCCCCCGUUUAGAGGAGCUUUCAGCACGACGGACAGCUCCUCCAGACGCUGGGCGCGUGUUUUUGUGGAGCAAGUUCAACACUAAUAAUAAUAAUAAUAAUAAUAAUAAUACUAGUAAUGAUAAUAAUAAUAAUAAUAAUAAUAAUAAUAAUAAUAAUAAUAAUAACGAGGAAGAGGAGAGAGGCGGCGGGGGAAAUAGAUAUGAGUCUGAAAUAGAAAAUUCGCUGUGGCGUGGUCAAACGCAGUGGGAAAGCGCGCAGAGAGAGAUGGCUCACCCAGGAUGCGCUGGUAGCAUUUCCACUGACUGCUCAGCUACCGCGCGCGAGGACGGCGCAGAUAUGCAAUUAAAACCCGGUAAGCAAGUGCCACUAGAGCCCGAAGGUGUCAGACAGGCAACGGGGCGGCAGAUGGAAGCUGAAGGAGAAAGGCAGAGGGAGGAAGAGGGCUUUGAGGGGUCCGCUGUUGCUGCUGCCUCUGUUUGGGGAGGAAAAUUACAGGUGGGGGAGGGCCAGAGAGAGGCGCGGCUGAUGGGAGGGAGAGAAACAGGGGCAGAGGAGGAGGAGUGGGAGAGGGGAAGGAGAAUAACAAAGGCAAGCCAGGCAGAGGGAGAGAAGGGUCAGGACAGGGGCAGUAGCACCACCAUCACACAGCCAGAUAGCAAAAUAGGGAAGAAAGAAAGCCAGGGGGAUGAAAGCCACCAGGGAGGAGGCAGAGGGGAGGUGGAGGGGGAGGAAAAGAAAAAGCACAGUUCAAGGGGAGAGAGGAGCCUGGAACGACUGAUAAUCGUAGCAGAUGAUGAUACCUCACAGGGAGAGACUGAGAGGAAGAUUUUCAUGCCAUGGUCUCGCUCGAAACGUGCAGCCAAUAGGCAUCCCCAUUUCUCCCAGUACACCUACCAAGUACAUGUGGCUGAAAACCAGCCGCCUGGCACCUCAGUGAUCAUCAUGUCUGCCUCAGAUCCAGAUGGAGGAGAUGCAGGCAGGCUGAGCUACACAAUGGCCCCGCUGAUGAACAGUCGAUCGUCCGACUACUUCCACAUCCACCCAGACACCGGCCUCAUCACCUCCACUCAGAUUCUUGACCGAGAGCACAUGGACCUACAUUACUUCCGGGUCACAGCGACUGAUCAUGGCUCCCCUCGCCUCUCUGGCACCACAAUGGUGUCCAUCACUGUUUCAGACCGGAAUGAUCACUCUCCUAUAUUUGAGCAAUCAGAGUACAGGGAGACGAUUAGGGAGAAUGUGGAGGAAGGCUAUCCCAUACUACAGCUGAGAGCGACUGAUUCAGACUCCCCUUCCAAUGCCAAUAUUCGUUACCGGUUUGUUGGUGACUCAGCUACAAUGGCACGGGCGGCCUUUGAGAUUGACCCUCGCUCUGGCCUCAUUACAACCCGUGGGUCAGUUGACAGGGAAACGAAUGAACACUACACCCUGCAGGUGGAGGCCAGCGACCAGGGGAAGGAUCCGGGGCCACGCUCUGCUACCGUUAAAGUUUUCAUCACCGUGCUGGAUGAAAAUGACAAUGUGCCACAGUUCAGUGAGAAACGCUACGUGGUGGCAGUGAAGGAGAAUGUCAGGCCUCAUUCUGAAAUUCUCCGUGUCAGUGCCACAGACCGUGACAAGGACAGUAAUGCUGUUGUUCACUACAACAUCAUCAGUGGCAACAGCCGUGGGCAGUUUUCCAUUGACAGCGUCACUGGUGAGAUCCAGGUGGUGGCACCACUAGACUAUGAGGCUGAACGAGAGUACACGCUCCGCGUUCGCGCACAGGACAACGGGCGGCCACCCCUUUCUAACAACACUGGGAUUGUCAGCGUCCAAGUGACAGACGUCAACGACAACCCGCCCAUCUUUGUCUCCACACCAUUUCAGGCAUCCGUGCUUGAGAGCGCCCCGAUUGGUAGUUCAAUCCUCCACAUCCAGGCCAUUGAUACAGAUUCCGGUGACAAUGCUCGUCUGGAGUACAGGCUAACUGGCACAAGCUCCGACACGCCAUUUGUUAUCAAUGCAGCAACAGGUUGGGUCACCGUCAAGUCCAUUCUUGACAGAGAAUCUGUGGAGCACUACUUUUUUGGCGUGGAAGCCAGGGAUUAUGGCAUGCCCCCUCUUUCCGCUACAGCCAGUGUGACUAUAACAGUGAUGGAUGUUAAUGACAACCGCCCUGAGUUCCUCCAAAAGGAGUACUACGUCAGACUGAACGAGGACGCAGCGGUUGGCACCAGCGUAGUGACUGUCACAGCUGUGGAUCGUGACGUCAACAGUGCCGUGACCUACCAGAUAACAGGAGGAAACACCAGAAACCGCUUUGCUAUCAGCACGGCAGGAGGGGGUGGGCUUCUCUCCCUAGCUCUCCCACUAGACUACAAACAGGAGCGGCGCUACGUUCUCACUGUCACUGCCUCAGACAGAACCCUCCAUGACACCUGUCAGGUGCACAUCAACAUCACAGACGCCAACACACACCGCCCUGUUUUCCAAAGCGCCCAUUACUCUGUUAGUGUGAACGAGGACCAGCCACCUGGAAGCACCAUAGUUGUGAUCAGUGCCACAGACGACGAUGUUGGCGAGAACGCUCGAAUCACGUACUUCCUCGAGGACAAUAUCCCGCAAUUUCGCAUCGACCCAGCAACAGGAGCCAUAACGCUCCAGGCAGAGCUUGACUAUGAAGACCAGAUGACCUACACGUUGGCUAUAACAGCCAAAGACAACGGCAUACCGCAGAAAUCAGACACAACAUACGUUGAGGUGAAUGUUAAUGAUGUCAAUGACAAUGCACCUCAGUUCCUCAGUCCCAGGUAUCAGGGAACAGUGAGUGAAGAUGCCCCUUCCUACACCAGUAUUCUCCAAAUCUCAGCCACCGAUCGGGAUGCACACGCCAACGGUCGUGUUCAGUACACCUUCCAAAACGGUGAGGAUGGGGGUGGAGACUUUACCAUUGAACCGAAAUCCGGGAUCGUCCGAAAUAGCAGACGUUUGGAUCGCGAGAACGUACCAUUCUAUGAGCUCACUGCUUACGCUGUUGAUCGCGGUGUACCCUCUCAACAAACUCCCGUCCACAUCCAGGUGACAGUCCUCGAUGUGAAUGACAAUGCCCCUGUUUUCCCCGCUGAUGACUUUGAGGUUUUAGUAAAAGAAAACAGUGCUGUGGGUUCUGUGGUGGCACAGAUAACAGCCACCGACCCUGAUGAGGGUGCCAAUGCUCAGAUCAUGUACCAAAUUGUAGAGGGCAACAUCCCGGAGAUCUUCCAGAUGGACAUCUUUUCAGGAGAGCUCACGUCACUCAUUGAUCUUGACUAUGAGACGCGCAACGAGUAUGUCAUCGUGGUCCAGGCCACGUCAGCACCUUUAGUCAGCCGUGCUACUGUCCGAAUUCGAUUGGUGGACCAGAACGACAACAGGCCAACUCUACAAGACUUUCAAAUCAUUUUCAACAACUUUGUGUCCAAUCGGUCCAACAGUUUCCCCACCGGGGUAAUAGGGAGGGUACCUGCCCACGAUCCUGACGUGUCAGACAGACUGUACUACACCAUCGACAGGGGGAAUGAGCUUCACCUGCUGCUCCUGAAUCACACCAGCGGAGAGAUCCGACUGAGCCGAAAACUGGAUAACAACAGGCCGCUGGUGGCUCCCAUGCUGAUCUCCGUCACGGAUGGCGUCCACAGCAUUUCGGCUCAGUGUGUUCUCCGCGUCCUCAUUAUCACAGAGGACAUGUUGGGCAGCAGUGUCACUGUCCGCCUUCAGAACAUGUCCCAGGAGCACUUCCUGUCACCACUGCUGGGAACCUUCUUGGAAGGUGUGUCCGCUGUUCUCUCAGUUCCCGUCGAGGAUGUUUUCAUCUUCAACAUUCAGCCGGAUCUGGAUGCGGCACCCGGAGGAAUCCUGAAUGUCAGCUUCUCUGCCGCGUUGCCGGGCGGACAUUUCUUUCCCUCUGAGGCCCUGGAGGAGCAGCUGUACCUGAACAGGCCGAGGCUGACGUCACUGACACAGAUGGAGGUUCUCCCGUUUGAUGACAACGUGUGCUUGCGGGAGCCUUGCCAGAACUACAUGAAGUGCAUCUCAGUGCUGCGUUUCAACAGCUCUGCCCCCUUCAUCUCCUCACCCUCCAUCUUGUUCCGGCCCAUCCACCCCAUCGCAGGACUACGCUGCCGCUGCCCAGUGGGAUUCACGGGUGAUUACUGUGAGACAGAGAUCAACCUGUGCUACUCCAACCCCUGUCUGAACGGAGGGGUGUGUGCCCGCAGAGAGGGAGGGUACACCUGUAUCUGCCGCGAAGACUACACCGGUGAUCGUUGUGAGUUUGACCACCGGCAGGGCAGGUGCAUGCCAGGUGUGUGUCGUAACGGAGGGACCUGCCAGGAGCUUUCGGGUGGGGGUUUCCGAUGUGAGUGCCCUGCAGGAGGCUAUGAGCGACCGUACUGCACCGUCACCGCCCGGUCCUUCCCGCCCAAGUCCUUUGUCAUGUUCCGGGGGCUCAGACAGAGAUUUCACCUCUCCAUCUCAUUAACAUUUGCCACCCUGGAGAACAGUGGCCUUCUCUUCUAUAAUGGACGCUUUAACGAGAAACAUGACUUCAUUGCCUUAGAGAUCCAAGAAGGACAAGUGGUGUUCAAAUACUCCACAGGUGAGUCAUCCACCCAGGUGAGUCCCUUCCUGCCAGGUGGUGUGAGCGAUGGUAACUGGCAUACAGUUCACAUCCACUACUACAACAAGCCUGCUACACGUUAUCCCAAGCGCAGUAUGAGUGGUGAGGCUCAGGGUCCGUCAGAUGAGAAGAUUGCUGUGGUGAGCGUUGAUGACUGUGAUACAGCCUUGUCACUUCGGUUUGGUACGCAGCUUGGAAAUUACAGCUGUGCUGCACAGGGCAAACAAACCAGCAGUAAGAAGUCUCUGGACUUGACUGGUCCAUUAUUUCUGGGUGGAGUCCCUAAUGUGCCAGACAACUUUCCCUUUGGCACCAGGGAAUUUAUCGGUUGCAUGAAAGAGCUGCACAUCGAUAGCAAACCGCUGGACAUGGCUGGAUUUAUCGCCAAUAAUGGAACGCUUCCUGGCUGCAGUGCCAAACAUCCCUUCUGUAAGUCCAACCCGUGUCAGAACGGAGGAACCUGCAGGGUGAGCUGGGAGACUUUCUCCUGUGACUGUCCCCUGGGAUACGGUGGGAAGGACUGCAGCCACGUGAUGACACACGUACACCGCUUUCUGGGUAACAGCGCCCUCUGGUGGGACCUGAAGAAUGACGUAACCAUCUCCGCGCCCUGGUACCUCGGCCUGGUGUUCAGAACCAGAGCCCGCGAGGGGACUUUGCUGCAGGCCCAGGCUGGCCAGUAUAUCAGCCUGGUGUUCCAGGUAAUUAAUGGUCAGCUGGUCUUUUCGGUGACCCGCGGCUCAACCAGACCGGUGCGUUUGCGGUUGGAUCAGGUUCAAGUGGCAGACGGCCGGUGGCACGACCUCCAGCUGGAGCUGCGAGACGUUCGCAGUGGCCGCGAGACUCGCUAUGUCGCCACACUGCGGCUGGACUUUGGACUCUAUCAGGGAACAGUGAUAGUGGGAAAUGAGAUUCAUGGUUUGAAGGUGAAACAUCUGCAUGUUGGAGGAGUGCUGGGCUCUGGGGAGGUUCAGAAUGGGAUAAGAGGAUGCAUACAGGGCGUUCGAUUGGGCGUGAGACCGGACGCCCCCGCUCUGCCCCGCCCCUCUAGAGCUGUCAAAGUGGAAACUGGCUGCAGUGUCGGUAAUCCCUGCCUCUCGUCUCCCUGUCCAGCUCAUAGCCGUUGUUCCGACCAAUGGGAGAGGCACACCUGUCUAUGUGAACCCGGUUAUUAUGGGAAAAGCUGCACUGACGCCUGUCAUCUGAAUCCAUGUGAGAAUGAGGCUCACUGCCACAGGAAGCCCAGCUCUUCCCAUGGAUACAUUUGUGACUGUGGAGACAACCACUACGGGCAAUACUGCCAGCACAGGAUUGAUCAUCAGUGUCCCAGGGGUUGGUGGGGAUCUCCAACCUGUGGACCGUGCCACUGUGACACCAAUAAAGGCUUCGAUCCUGACUGUAAUAAGACCAGCGGACAGUGUCAGUGCAAGGAGUUCCACUUCCGUCCCCGAAACUCGGACACCUGCCUGCCGUGUGACUGUUACCCAGUGGGGUCCUUCUCGCGGGCAUGCGACCCAGAGUCAGGACAGUGUCAGUGCAGGCCUGGCGUAAUUGGUCGGCAAUGCAACUCAUGCGACAACCCUUUUGCUGAGGUCACAAACUCAGGCUGUGAAGUCAUUUAUGAUGGUUGUCCAAAGACCAUUACUCAGGGGAUCUGGUGGCCACGUACCAAGUUCAACCUGCCUGCCGCGGUGCCCUGCCCCAAAGGCUCUGUCGGUGCUGCCAUUAGACACUGUGAUGUGGAGAGAGGCUGGCUGGAGCCGGACCUUUACAACUGCACUUCACCUCCGUUUGUGGAGCUCAGUGCUGCUCUCGAUUCCCUGGAGCGCAACGAGACAGAGCUGAACACCAUAAUGGAGAAGAAGCUUGCCCACCAGCUCCGUGAUGUAACCGAGGCUACCACCCGGCUCUAUGGCAAUGACCUGCAGAUAGCUGAGCGGCUGCUGUCACGCCUCCUUACAUUUGAGACCCAGCAGAGCGGCUUCGGACUCACCGCCACCCAGGACGCGUACUUCAACGAGAACAUCCUGCGAGGCUGCAGUGUGCUGUUGGGUCCGAGCACCUCUGGGCUUUGGCGUGCUCUCGCUCAGAGUCAGAACCACAUCCCAGGCGGCGGUCCGGGAGCGCUGACGGAGCUACUGGAGCAGUACGCCAAGAAUCUGGCUCAGAACAUGAAACUCACCUACCUCAACCCGGUGGCGCUGGUUGCUCCCAACAUUGUUAUGAACCUGGACCGCGUGGAGAACCACACCCAUGUGCGGCGGCGUUUCCCACGCUACCACACCACCCUGUUCCGCAGUCAGGCUUUGUGGGAUCCCUAUACUCAUGUGAUACUGCCCCCUGCUGCCCUGGUGCCACAACGGCAGCGGCUGCAUAACUGGAAGGAGAAGGAGAGGACGGAAAAAGAACUUUCAGCCUCAGAUCCUCAAAACACCGCUUCGGCGCCUGUCAGUAUCUCGGCCAAUCAGACAGGAGAAUACACCGCAGCAAAACGUACUGCUGCAUUGCCUGAGCCACCCAUAACCAUCGUUAUCCUGCUCAUUUACCGAAGUCUGGGUGCUGCCCUUCCUCCCAAGUACCACACAGACAGACGAGGAGUGAGGCUUCCCAGACAUCCAGUAAUGAACUCCCCGGUGGUCACUAUUUCUGUCUACAACAACCAGACGUUUGUGGGCGGACAUUUAGAGCAACCCAUCUUACUGGAGUUCAAGCUGCUAGAGACGGCCAAUCGCAGCAAGCCUCUGUGUGUACAAUGGAACCACAGCAGCCCGUAUGAGAUGGGAGGUUGCUGGACGGUGAGAGACUGUAUGGUGGUGUACAGAAACACAUCUCAUGUGCGCUGUCAGUGCCAGAGACUGGGAACCUUUGGCGUGCUGAUGGACAGUUCGCAGAGAGAGCAGUUGGAGGGCGACCUGGAGAUGCUGGCCCUGGUCACGUACUCUUCUUUGUGCGUCUCCAUGCUGGCGCUGCUCCUCACUGUCCUGGUGCUCUCCUGUCUCCGGGGCCUCAAGUCUAACACCAGGAGCAUCCAUUCAAACACAGCGGCAGCCAUGUUUUUAUCAGAGCUGGUGUUUUUGCUUGGGGUCAAUCAGACUGAACAACAGUUCCUGUGUACGGUCGUCGCCAUCCUGUUGCAUUACUUCUUCAUGUCCACGUUCGCCUGGAUGUUCGUGGAAGGUCUUCAUAUCUACCGAAUGCAAACAGAGCAACGCAACAUCAACUAUGGAGCCAUGAGAUUCUAUUACGCCAUUGGCUGGGGCGUUCCCGCCAUUAUCACAGGCCUGGCAGUAGGUUUGGACCCAGAGGGUUAUGGAAACCCAGACUUCUGUUGGAUAUCCAUCUAUGACAAGCUAAUCUGGAGCUUCGCUGGUCCCAUCGGCAUCGUCAUACUGUUGAAUGGAGGCAUUUUCACCAUUGUAGCCAAGAUGUCAUGUAACCCAUCUCAGAAGGAGGCCAAGAAACUCCCUGUCAUCGCCACUAUCCGCAAUGCCUUCUUGCUGUUGCUGGUGGCCACCUCCACCUGGCUGUGUGGUCUGAUGGCUGUAAAUAACAGCAUACUGGCUUUUUACUACAUAUUUGAUGUCCUCUGCCUUGUGCAGGGUCUGUCAGUGAUGCUAGUCUUCACCGUGUUCAACUCAGAAGUUCAGGAGGCAUGGAGAGUCGCCUGCUUGGGUAAAAAGAGUCCUGGAGAAGAUCCCCCAAGACCACCGCAGAGCACAGCACAGAACCCCUAUCACAACGCUUCACUGUUGGAGCAGAGCGGGCUGCACCGCAUCACACUGGGAACCUCCACAAUCUCCUCCGUCAGCUCUGCCAGAGAAAACCUUUUGGCUCGUCAGACUCUGGAGCAAAACAUCGUCCACACUGGUGCAACCGACCUGGAUGUAGCCAUGUUCCACAGAGACGGGGGUGAAGAUUCCGACUCAGACUCGGAUCUCUCUAUGGAGGAGGAGCGCAGUCUCUCCAUCCCUUCUUCGGAAAGUGAGGACAACGUCCGUCUCCGUGGCCGCAUCCAGCGGCGAUUCAAGCGCUCCAAUCACGGCGAGCGCCUGCUUACAGAGCCCGCCAACAACGGCACCAAAGAGCUGGACGGCAACGACCUUUUAUCCUACUGGCCAGCUUUGGAAGAGUGCGAGGCACGCAGUCUGCAGAAGUGGGGCUCAGAGCGCCCCCUGGGGGCAGAUUACAGCAAGGACGCAGCAAAUAACAACCAGCUAGACGCAGCGCUCACUAGUGGAGACGAGAACGGCCUCACCCAGCCACACAGGCACCGCAAAGGAAUCCUCAAGAACCGUCUUGGCUGUCCUCCUGCACUCCAGGGUCUUUCCAGUAUGGGCCGGGUCCCCAGUGAGCUCAACUGGUACCGAACCUCUACUCUCGGCCACCGAGGCGUUCCUGCUGCCUCGUACGGUCGUAUGUACUCUGCCACAGCUGGUGCCACUGGAGGCUCCGGCUCUCUCUCCCAGCCAGCUUCCCGCUACUCCUCUAGGGAGCACCUGGACUCACUUGCACGGAGGCAGCUGUCCAGGGAUCCACUCGGGAGGCAGACGGUCGGAGGAUCAAGGGAUCGGUUGGACUGCCGGGGCUCCAGGGACAACCUGGACCUCUUACCCAGGAGGAGAGAGCUGGGGCUGGGGCAGGGGUCAAUGUUAGGGACCCUGGAUCACCAGCGAGUCUCAUUAUCCAGGGAGAACUUGACAGGAUCCAGGGAUAGACUGGACAACCACCAUGCUACCGGUUUCCACGGAUCGAGGGAGGAUGUGAGUGGAAACGGAGGGGCUGUCGGCGCCGGGAUUGAGGGAUACCUCGGCGGUUCAAGGUUGCAACUGAGCUCGCUGACUCGGCGACAGGCCUCAUCCCGGGAGCACCUCGGAGAAGCUCUUGUGAGCAGUAGAUCAAGGGAGCAACUUGACACCAAUGGAAUGGGAGCCCAGGCUCAGCCGUGUCGGGAGUGGCUCCGCACUCUGCCACCCCGCCAGCCUUCACACCCUGACCAGCCGCCCUCCUCAUCUCCUCCUCCCCCGAUAUCUGAGGAGCCUCAGCAAGAGCACCUACCUCCUUCAGCUCACGCCAGAGGACGACUGGACUCAGCUUCAUGUAGGUUUCCCGGUCAGGCCGCCCCCCAGGUUGCAGGUUCAAAUCCAAACCCCUUGGGUCGACAACCGUCCAGUGAACACCUGGAUAUUCUUUCGUCCAUUUUAGCAUCCUUCAAUUCCUCUGUCCUUACUCCUCCCCCUACUGCCCCAAACCCUGGUCCAAACGGCUCCGUCCACGGACCCUCCCCGUCUCCGUCCCAGUCUGCCACUUCCCAUAGCAUAUCUGAAGUCUCCCCUGACUCGGAAGCCAACAGAAGUGAGGGACAGUCUUGAUGACAACCUCCGUAUCCCUUAAUGCAUUGCUACAGUGCUGGGGUCACAUUGGACAUGUUCAAAGGUCGCGGAUGGACCUGAAGCACCGGGACAACCUGGAACAUUCGAGGACAGGGAAACAAAACCGAGACAGAGGAAACGCAGAGACAAAAAGACGGACAAAACAUCCAAUGAUAACACGGAUUCAAGAGAAAGUCCGUGGGCGGCGUGUACUGUGUAAAGAGUUUUCGAGUGUCACCGCCUACGGCGAACGACGACGUUUCUGUGGACGAUGAGUCAACCACCUCUACUACCUACAAACUGUUAAAGGCAAAAACACAAACUCCUCAGAUUUCAAACAAACGAGAUCCGUCAAAAUGAAAAAAAAAAAGAAACUGUAAAUAACAUUUUUAUACAUUUUGUAUCUUUUUCAUUGGAGAUGAAGAAGAAAUCUCUUGUGAUGUUUCUUUUUUUUUUUUUAAAUGACUGUGCUCAUGUGAGAUUGUGAGUGAGGUUGGUGUGAGUGCAGUCUUGGUUGUUGCUGAGGGGGGGAUCUGCCUCCCCUCGUCCCCCUCCCCACAAAGAAGAAAAAAAAAUCCCCAAAUUUUCCAUGAAAAAGGUUUUCCCUGGAAACUUUUCCUCACACGCAUCAACUUUAUGUAUAGCGACAGGGGUCUGGCAAUAGAAUCGAAUGAGAUUAUCGAAACUGCGAGAUGUGGUUGGAGGGAAAAUAUCGAAGCAGGAGGAGGAAGUGAUUGUAAAUAGAAGGAGGAGUUAUUUUAAGAGAUUUGAUGGAGCGAGAUGAUUGUGCAGAGAAAAAGACUGAAGGUUUAAAGUUGGCGGCUCAACAGUUAAAAAGCUCAGUCACGAGUGUCAAUGCAUCAGCUCUGUGCUGUAUAUGAAUGUGACCUUGUCAUCUAUCUGUGUAUCUUCGUGCCUGGUGCUAUCUGAACCAGACCAUAUCAGACGGCUGAUAUUACAAGACCAUAUCUGUAGCGUUCUGGAGACCUGGUGGGUGAAGGUUGAUAUCUCUGUCUGCCUCUCUGGAUGAGGAUGUAUCGCGUAACAACCAUUUAUAUCCCCUCAAAGUUUUGUGCACUUUGAUGCCGGCCUCGAGGGACGACACAGGAGCAGCCGAACCUCAAGACCAUUCGUAAAAGCUUCUCCGCAAAACUAAACCAAAGGGACUUAAAAUCUGUAUGAAACCCUGAUAUUCUUCUGUUUCCUCUGAUGGAAAUGACUUGUGCAGGGCGCGUUGUAGCUCGGUUUUGUUAAAUCAUGAGCUUUUUCAGUAACCGUGUCAGUGGAAGAAGUCUAAAAUGAAAAGCUGUUUCUCUUCAUGAGGCCGUGAUCAGCGCUACUACGUAACCCGCAUAACUGUUUGGCAUUUUAUUUUACCCGCGUACCGCAUAAGCAAGCGGAUUUUCAUGUGGGAAGGGAGCGGAUAAGAGUCAUCGUAACACGCUCAGAUAUUUGUUUGAAGACAUGAAAGCAGCCCUGCGGUAUGUUCACAGCAUGGUGCCAACCUGAAUAUUUAAAUUGCUCCUUUAUAUUUGAGAAAUUCAACAGAAAAGAAGCUCGUGCUUCAGAAACAAUCCAACACGAGCCCACAAAAAAACAUGAAAACUGAUUUUUAUUUAUUCAGGUUCUCAUUUAGAUGGUUUCACAAAAAAACGAGUUAUCUUUCAAGAUCCGUCAAAGCUUCUGCGGCAGAUUGCAGAGGGGAGAGGAGAUGUCAGCUGUGUCAGUGCUAAAAGCCUCUAAGUGGUUUCGAGAUGCAGGUCUUUCCAUCAGCAGCUGCACCUUUCUCACAGCUGCUGGAGGAAGCCCGGAGUUCAGCCCUUAAGGUAACAACACAUGGGCGUUUUCAGGAGUGGAGACGGGGACAGGGAGGCUUUUUUCUAUAGAAAACUACAGCGGGUUGUAAAAACUGAAGGAAAAUGGGAGUUCUGUGUUGCCAACAUGUGUUGUCUGUGUCUUUGAGCAGAAAACAGUCAAAAGUCAAUGGAAAAAAUAAUAAAUAAAAAAUAAGGCUAAGAUAUUGCAUAACGGGAAAGAAUUUUUUAACAAAGAUACCAAACCAGGCAAGGUUGCAAGAAGAACAAAUUGGGUCAGAAAACAUGACUGCAGAAAUGUAGCCGCAGGGAGGAAGGCGUGGAUGUUACUCAUCACAGGGAGACAGGGAGAAGAAAAAAAAGACACAUGUGGAUGGAAACGCUCGGAGUGGAAAUAAACACACACUUUACAAAUAAGUGCAUAUCUGCCUGCUCUGACCGCUGCUCUGCCGGUCCCGUGUCCCUGAGACGUGACAAGCACAACCUAUUUGCGACAGUAUUAUUGCCAAAAAAAAUACUCCCGAGUGCAGCGCAACACCACCCACCGGUCUGUUAGCCUGAUAAA